AUGGGAAUCGAUCCAUAUACACCAUAUUGUACAAUUAUUUUGAAGAUAAUUAGCAUACUAACAGCAGAGUAUGUAAACGUAGCAAUCUAUCAACAACUAGAUUGUAGUGCGUCGGGUCAACCCAAGGCUGCAUCAGUCCCACAAAAGGUCGUCUCCUUCUUACCCGAUCAAUGUUACCAAUACGAUGUAAAGAGUGUCAAGGUGUCAGUAUCGGCUAAUAAACCAUACAUGAUCACAUACAACAUCUACAGUACAUCCGACUGUUCUCUCGCACCUCUUGCCACAAACUACAAUGAUGGCGUGUGUGCUGCCCCGUACCAAGGUGUUGGCAAAUGGGCUUAUUUCAAGGUCGGUCCACCUCAAUCAGCUUCGUCUAAAGGUUCAACUCCUCCUUUUCUCUAUUUUGAAAAGAUUGCUACUACUUCUGUUUGUGAAGGAAUAAGUAAUAAGACAUAUUAUAAUGCAAGAACUAUGUUGUCGAUUGGUCAAUGCACUUAUAAUGACUAUAGUGAUUUCGUUGUACAAGGAGUUAGUGGUGAUGCAACCUCUAUCACCUUUGCAAAUGAUGUGUCUAUUUGUACGGGUGCUGCAACUAUGUAUUACGGUGGAUGUAAUAUAUUGGGUCCGCAUCGUAUUGCAAAUGCAUUCCUAACUGCUACUACGCCGACCACCAACGAAGGCUACGUCGAAGCAGUAUCGUACACGGCAAUCAAUCUGACCAACCUCGACUUUGGAUACAAUCUUCACAGCAAGUCGUUUGGAUCGAUUGUCCUCGUACCAUCGGUUGGCUCACCCGUUGACUACAAGCCAGGCUACUCAUUUAUCAUCUCCAAAGAUAUGACAUUUAUCAACUUGCCAAACCCCUUUCAAGGUCUCAUUAGAGUAUACCAAGAUUCAUUUGAUUAUAUCAAAAAUACCUCUAUCCCAUUUAUUAAAACAAAUUCUUUUUCAAUGCCUCUAUAUCCAACAAUAAAUCAAUUUGAUAUAGUUUCGGUGACAACUGAUACAAUUCAAAUUAAUUUUACAUCGAUUGGAGGAUUUAAUACGGAUGGUGGUAAUGUGUAUCAAGUGACUACUCAAUCACCGGGAUCGCAAACAUGGGAGUGUUUGCCUGCCACUGUGUGUACUUUGGACGGGUUGCCAAUUGGGGCAAUGGUCUAUGUCACUGUCAAGGUUACCAAUUUCGGCCAGUCCCAAGCUAAAAUACAACAGGUCCAAUUAAAGUCAAUCAUUAGUAACUUGGGCUUUGACCUCGUUCCCUCGUACAAGGCCAUCAAUAUUUCAUUCACUCUGGGGUCAAUAGGAGAAGGACCAGUUACCUAUACAGCAGAUAUCACAGAUCUAACUACCUCGACUACUCGAUCAUCAACAACAUCUACACAAUCCUAUAUUGUAUUCCCAGCUUCAUCAACACCAACCAAUUAUACAAUUAAAACAUCUGCUACCAAUAGUGGAACAAUACUUAAUUAUUCAAGAAAUUUUAUUUGGUUAGGAGAUAUUAAAUUAAAUACAACAUUCAAUCCAAAUACAGUUGCAAUUAAAUCACUUACAGUAUAUAAUAAUGUUAGCAAUCUUGCCAAUUCAACUUCAUAUGUUGCUUAUUUUUAUGAUGGUGAUGUGCUUGUUUACAAUGUUACCAACAAAACUGCAUAUUUAAAGAUUGAUAAUUUACGAGCAGACACAAAUUAUAAUCUUUCAUCGUUUAUCGUUGACCCAUUGACAUCUCGUCGUUCCAAUAUCGAGUACGUCGUAUUCAAAACCUAUGCCAACUUGUCCAACUUUGAAGUUGCGGUCACACAACGAAAGAAUGAAACUGAUGCAACCAAAAUUUCAUAUACCUUUGUCAUGACUUGGUUAGGUGGAUCGCCACUGCUUUCUUUUGCUCAUCCCUCCAUGAAUUACUUCCCCGGUACUGGUGGGGCUCUACUCAAUACCAAUGUUAGUAAUAUAGUGAUUGGAGUUAAUAUCCCCUUUCCAUUUGCUGAUAACCUAUAUUAUGCUGCUCUCACAACUGCUCAAGAUAAUAUCCGUCUCGAUAAAAAGGUAUUCAUAAAUUAUUUCCCUUUCCCAAAUAUUACAUCUUUGGAUUUUACAACAGGACAUGAUACUGUAAAUUUCACAUGGGCAGGUAUUAAUGGUGUCCCAGGUAAUAUUACCUAUGGAUUAUCGAUUUUUAACCCUCUUACUCCACAAGUAGCUCCAUACACCUUUUGCAUUGCAUUGAAUCUUGGUUUUUGUAAUGUGUCUGGUUUGAUUCCAAGCACCGAUUACUCAUUUACAUUAACAAUGAAAUCUGAUCAAUUUGAUCCUGUGACUCGUUCAGUCUCUGUUCAAACUAUUCAAAGUCCAAUUAGUCCAUGUAUGGAUUUAAAGCUUGGAGCUAAUAAUACAAUUGAUUGUAAUGGAUUUGGUCAAUGUUUGAAUGGUACAUGUUUAUGUGUGAAUAAUAGAGUUGGUAUUUAUUGUGAAACUCCAACUACCGACCAAGGUGGAAACAGUGGAAAUGGAACCAAUGUAGAUCCAAACCCAUCGGUUCCAGAGAUUAUAAUCAACAACAAAAACAUAUUUUAUGAAUUUGUUAUUUCACAAAUAAGAGAGGUUGAUAUUGAAGACAACACUGUAAAGAUGGUGGACUUGACAACACUCAACUGGACACUUUCCAACCAAACAUCAAUCUACAACACUUCAUUUAUUCAAAGUAAUUGGAUUUAUAUGACCUCGAAUAAUAGUUAUUUCAAUUCAGUCAAUAUUACCUUUUUACAAUUUAAAUCAACCUCAGACAGCCAAUCACAGUCAAAGAUACCAUUGACAUUUGCAGGUCAAUUAUUUUAUCUGGAUGUCGGUUCGAUGAAAUAUACUAUCGAUAUUGAUGGUUGGGAAUUUGAUAGUAGAUUAAAUACACUUGAAUUAAUAACCAAUAUCACUCAACCACAAAGAAAUGAUGGAUGUGGAGAAUUAGAUAUAGAUUUUAAUAAUAAUAAUAUAGUCACCAAUUCAACAGAGUUUACAUCAGUCUAUGUUGGAGAGGAUCAAGCUGUUGUUGGCAAAUUAAUCAAUCGUGCAUUAUUGGAUAAUGUACCAAGAAGAAUAUCAUAUAAAGUACAACCAUACCAAUCAACAGAUAAUAACAACAAUCAAGACAGCGAUACACCAAAACAAAUACUCAGUAUCAUUACACUCAUCCCCAACUUUAAUUACAAAGCAACACUUGAUCCUCAGUUUGACCUUUUAAUCAAUUCAGAUCCAGAGGAUAAUUGUGCAUCUUCAUCAAAUUCUUGGAAGAUUAUCGUUGGUGCUGUAGUUGGUGGCAUUGGUUUGAUGGCUGUUGGUGCUGGUGUUACCAUACAUCAAAGAAUGCAAUUAAAGAAAAAACAAUACAACCUAAAAUUAAAAAAGGUAUCAAUGGAGAUGAAUAAUGGUAAUUAA